AUGCCUGGGGCCUCGACCUACUUCAAGAUGUUCGCCGCGGGCGCUGUGUUGUGCAUCGGAGGACCCGCACUUACCUACUAUGUAACGCCCACCGAGGAGGAGCUGUUCAAGAGAUACAACCCGGAGCUGCAGAAGCGCUCGUUGGAGAACCGUAUCGGAAAGCAGCAGGAUUUCGACGACUUCGUCACUAGGUUAAAAGAGUAUUCCAAGUCGGACAAGCCGAUCUGGGAAGCCGCAGAGGAAGCACAGCGCAAGCACGCGGCACUGCAGCGCCAGAAGAUUCUGGACGAACAGCGCCAGUUGGCUGCUGAUGUUGAGAAGAGGCGCCAAGAGAUUCGACAGUCUGCAGGAGAGCAAUAA